AUGGAAUCAAGAACGGAAUUUAAGAUAAAAAAUCCCCCGUCUGAUGCGAUUUCAGCGGUUGAAUUUGGUCCAAAUUCAACACAAUUUUUGUUAGUAUCAUCAUGGGACUCGACAGUGCGGCUUUAUGACAUUCAUGCUAAUUCUAUGCGGUUGAAAUACAACCAUGAUCAACCAGUCCUCGAUGUUGCUUUUCAAGAUGCAGUACACGCUUACAGUGGAGGAUUAGGCUGUACACUAAAAAUGUACGAUAUCAACGCGAAUGCAGAAACGAUAAUGGGUUCACAUGAAAAGGCCAUCAGAAAAAUAGAAUACUGUUCAUCGGUAAACGCUAUUUUGACGGGAGGAUGGGAUGCUGCGGUUAAGUUAUGGGACCCGAGAACACCUACUUGUGUUGGUACUUAUUUGCAACCUGAUACCGUAUUAGCACUGUCGGUUUGUGGUGAUAAAUUUGUCGUCGGCACUGCUAAAAGAAAAGUAUGCAUUUGGGAUUUAAGAAAUAUGGCUGGAAUGUUCCAAAGACGCGAGAGUAGCUUGAAGUAUCAAACACGGUGUAUUAAAGGAUUUCCCAAUGAACAGGGCUACGUUUUAAGUAGUAUUGAAGGUAGAGUAGCCGUUGAAUAUUUGGAUACAACGCCAGAAGCUCAAAAGAAGAAAUAUGCAUUCAAAUGUCAUAGAAUAAAAGAAAAUGGUAUUGAAAAUAUUUAUCCAGUAAAUGCCAUAAGUUUCCACACAACAUACAACACAUUUGCUACUGGCGGUUCCGAUGGAUACGUCAACAUUUGGGACGGAUUUAAUAAAAAACGUUUAUGUCAAUUCCACAAAUAUAAUGCGGGUGUUGCCGCAUUGUCAUUCAGCCAUGAUGGCUCUGUAUUGGCUAUUGGUGUAUCAUUUUUGGAUCCAGCUGAAAUAACUCCUGUCGUACAUGAUGAAAAAGAAAUUUAUAUUCGUUAUGUCAAUGAUCAGGAGACAAAACCAAAAUGA